UGAAAGCCUGUGCGUGCGAAACGAUUUUUCCCGCAUGGAAUCUUUGAAAAACAGACUGCCCCUAUGGAUUACCGAAAACGUGUACGUCCGGUCAAUCUUUCUUCGCAUCACGAUAAGUCUCCUCCUGGCAUUCUACGUUCUUCUGGGAGCAGCUACUUUCCUCGUGUUCGGCGUAGAACAGAGCUACGUGUCGGACCUAAGAGCGAGACGCAAUGACACAGCAACGUUACUUGUGGCCGAGCUGGGAAUCGUGAGGCCAACGCAAGAGGAUUGGGUUCGAACGGUGACCAGGUACCUGGAAGAUUACGAGGGCGAGGUGUUGAGGCAGAACAGGCUUCACCAGGCUACAGAAUCAACGUGGACUUUCGAAGACGCCUUCUAUUUCAGUGUCAGCAUACUGAGCACUACAGGAAGCUGCAGCUACUUUCCAAGGAGCACCGCCACCAAAGUUGCAGUGGUCAUCUAUGCUUGCUUCGGUAUACCUCUCCUCGCCUUCUGGCUGGUACUUCACGGGAAGACAGUGGCACAGACGUUUUUACUCGUCUGCUCAAACUUCUGUUGCUCCCCUUUGCGGCCAAACACAAAGUUCAAGAGGAAUUCCACCAUUCAACCACUACCGGACGACAUCAACCCCGAACACACCGCUACACCCGCGAACUCCACAUCGGAUUCUGGUUCUAGGAUGUUGACGUCCUCAGAAACUCUGCCUGCCGAAUCGUGCCUGCGUACCAUCACGGUAGGCACUGCACGAGGGACGACCAUGGUUAUCGACCGCAGGCAAAUUCUCUGUUCGCUGCUCGCACUGAUCUUGUUCUUCUCUGUGUACGCAUUAUUUGGGGCUGCAACUGCGGCAGCCAUCUGGCGGCAACCUAUCCUCGAGUGUGUAUACUGGGGUUUCCUUCAGUUUUCGACCAUGAGCUUCAUGACUAGUCAGCCGCACGUAUCAGAAAUAACAUCGGAAGCUCGGGCUGUGUGGGUUGCCUACUUCGGUUUUGCGACUAUCCUAUUUUUUGCAGCCAUGUACCUGAGUUAUUUAUUGCUCACUUGGAAGUGUUGGUUCUGUAAAAUAAGGAGCGAUGGUGACAUGUUCUAAUGUGAAUGAAAUUUCACUCAAAAGCGUCAUUUGGCAAAGUUUUAUAUUUCUGCACUUCGACGGGGCACU